CCGGCGGCAAUGGAUUCUAACGUUAUUGGUGUGUGUCGUCCGAUUAAAAUAAUGAAAAUUGAGAAUUGCCAACGUGUAAAAUGAGCAAAAAAUGUAAAAAAUCCGAAGGAGGUAGAGACCGCGGUUGUGGCCACGAGGACAAAGUAAUUUUUAGUACAUAUCAGUGUAUUGCUUAUUGCUAUUAUAUUUAGCGAUUAUUAUCCUUUGGAUAAUCGAUUUGAUCGGUUAUUCGUUAGUGUUUGGAAGAUAAAAGAAGAGGCGCAAUGGACGAGGUGUCGGGGAUAAAAUUAUCGAAGAAUGAAUUGAAGAGGCAACUUAAAGCAAGUCAAAAGUUAAAAUUAAACGAACAAAAACAGACUAUGAAGCAAGAGACUGCCGAGAAAGUAAAAAAGUCUGAAAAUUCUGAUCAAAUAAUAUCAGAAGAGAACAUAAAUCCAAAUGAAUAUUUUAAACUUAGAGGCCAAGCUGUUCAAAAACUUAAGACUACCGACGAACAUCCGUAUCCUCAUAAAUUCAAUGUAUCAAUAUCGCUCAAAAAUUUUAUUAAAAAAUAUAGCGACACUCUCAAAGAUGAUGAAAUGAUAACACAAAACAUUUAUAAUAUCGCUGGCAGAGUGUAUUCCAUUAGACGUUCUGGUAAUAAAUUAAUUUUUUAUGAUCUUCGGGCCGAAGGAGUUAAGGUUCAAGUAAUGGCUAAUGCAAAGCACUACUGCGAUGAAGAAACGUAUUUUCGUCACACUAAUAAAAUUGGUCGAGGUGAUAUUAUUGGCGUUACUGGUUUUCCUUGUAAAACUAAAAAAGGAGAGUUCUCAAUUCUGCCAAACUAUAUUAAAUUACUGAGUCCGUGCUUGCAUAUGCUUCCACAUUUACACUAUGGCUUAAAGGAUAAGGAAACUAGAUAUCGGAAACGGUAUUUAGAUUUAAUAAUUAACGAGAAAAUAAGAGAAAAGUUUUAUACUCGCUCUAAGAUCAUUUCUUAUAUUCGUAAAUUUCUCGAUCAACUAGGCUUCUUGGAAAUCGAGACUCCAAUGAUGAAUAUGAUUGCUGGAGGUGCAAUUGCAAAACCGUUUAUUACACAUCAUAAUGAACUUAAUAUGGACUUAUACAUGCGUAUUGCGCCAGAACUUUAUCAUAAGAUGUUGGUAGUUGGUGGUAUCGAUAGAGUAUAUGAAAUUGGAAGGCAAUUUAGAAACGAAGGUAUCGACCUCACGCACAAUCCUGAAUUUACCACUUGCGAAUUUUAUAUGGCCUAUGCAGAUUACAAUGACCUCAUGUCUAUCACGGAAGAAAUGAUUUCAGGUAUGAUUAAAACAAUACAUGGUUCUUACAAAAUCAAAUAUCAUCCGGAUGGUGAGGAUGGCGAAGAGGUGGAGAUUGAUUUUACUCCUCCCUUCAAGCGCGUUCUUAUGGUUAAGACGUUAGAAGAAGUAUUGAAGGUCAAGUUUCCUGCGCCUUCGGAGUUUAGCACAUCUGAAUCUAAUAAAUUCUUCAACGAUCUUUGUGCGAAACAUGAAAUUGAAUGCUCGCCACCGAGAACCACAGCCAGAUUGUUAGAUAAGCUUGUUGGUGAAUUUAUAGAAGAGAAAUGCACUAAUCCGACGUUUAUUAUGGAUCAUCCACAAAUAAUGUCUCCGCUUGCCAAAUGGCAUCGGUCUGAGGACGGCUUAACCGAACGAUUCGAACUGUUUGUCAUGAAGAAAGAAAUUUGUAAUGCCUACACUGAAUUAAACGAUCCCUUCGUCCAAAGAGAGAGGUUUGAACAACAAGCUAAGGAUAAGGCAGCUGGGGACGACGAAGCACAAUUAGUUGACGAGAACUUUUGCAAUGCUCUUGAAUAUGGUCUGCCUCCUACCGCCGGUUGGGGUAUUGGAAUUGAUCGGUUAACAAUGUUUCUUACGGACUCCAAUAAUAUUAAGGAGGUACUGUUCUUCCCUGCUAUGAAACCAGAUGAACAACAGAAUAAAGUAGAGACUGAAGAAAAUCCCAAUAACUCAACAAAAUAAUCCUUAAAAAGAAGAUAAUUGUUAAUAAAUAAUAAUAAAA